ACAUCGCUCAGCCUAUAUACGGAACGAGAGUAUAUGUACAUAUAAACCAAAUAUAUAUAUUUACUUGAAGAUUAUCAAUCGCAAGCAUAGUCCAGCUGGUGAAGCCCGCAAAAAUCUGUGAAUUAGUACAGUCGUUCAGCUCCAAGUGAUCGCAAGCAAAACCCAAAACAAAUUAAAAAGAAAUCAAAUCUUAAGAUGGCAGCAAAAAGAAUGGAUUUAAAUAGACGCACCUUUUUGGUGUUGAGCGGGAGCUCGAAUCCUUUGGGUCAGUCCCUGGCCCUGGAGUUCUGCAAGCGCCUGGCCACCGGCUCCUUGGCCCUGAUCCUGGACGAGAAUGAGCAGCAGUUGAAGCAACUGGAGGAGUAUCUGCAGCGUGAACUGAAGCCGGAAACGAUUAAAGUGCGGAUGGGAAAAUUGGAUGCCAAUCACUCGAAUGGUGCAGAUAUCAUGGAGCAGGCUUUGAAGGCGUCCGAAGUCCAGUUCGAGCGGACCAUUAUGAUCCACAACGAGGGUGAGGCGGCCACCAAGGUGCUCAUGGAGCCACAAACCACCCAGGAGUGGAAGAGCUACGUCCAACAGCAACUCUAUGCUCCCGUGGCCCUCAAUCAACGGUGGCUGCACUCGAAGGACUUGGUGCAAGUCCAGAAACUGGCUGUAAAUGUGACCUCGUCACUGAUGAUUCGUCCGAUGAUCCAUGUGGGAUUGCUCUGCUCCUGCAAGCGGGCCAGGGAUAUGUUCUUCCGGGCCAUGGCCGCGGAGGAGUCACGGAACGGAGUUCAUGUGCUCAGCUUCAAGCCCGGAUUGCUCUCCACCCACCAGACGCAGUGCGAUGUCAACGGCAACGAGAUCAAUCCCGAGGACCUGGUCGCCUCCAAGCAAGUGCUCCAGUUGCCCAGGAUCCAGCCACUGCAGGCCACCCUCAAGCUGAUCAAUAUCCUGGAAGAGAUCUCCUUCGUGUCCGGUCACGAUGUCGACUACUACGACACCUUCGUUUUAUGAGUAGUAUUGUGGCGGUGGGCUACGAUCCUGCCGGACUUAAUCCUUAACUUGGCCAACGAAUUGGAUGCUGUUUUUGAUAUGAUUGCUCGCGAAACCCUACAAAAUAAACUCUGGCUGCUGACCCUGGUCCUGAUUCUGAAAGUGCUUCUCCUCGAAAAGGAUGCACACGAAAAGGAAAAUGAAAUCAAAA